AUGAGGAUUCUACUCGGUGAUUUCAAUGCCCAUAAUGAGCUUUGGUUGGGCUCAAACAAGACCGAUGCAGCAGGUCGUGCAGUCGAAGCGUUCGCUCUUACUCAUGGGCUGACCCAGCUGGUGACGAGCCCUACUUUUUCCCCCGCCCUGCUAAAUCUCUUGCUGACCACGCAUCCUGUCCCUUACAGCACGGAUGUCCUGUCCCCCCUGGGUAACUCAUACCACGGUGUUGUGGAGGUUAGGUUUCGGUCAGAACCCGCUGUGGCAGCAGAAACUCGUACAGGCCGCAAAACUUGGCAUUACGGACAUGCCGACUGGGAGGGGCUCAGAGACUUCUUCUAUAGCUUUCCUUGGAAAGAUGUCUGUUUCACAGACGCGGAUGCGUCGGCUGUCUGUUCUUCGAUAACCGAAAUUAUCCACGUCGGAGUGGAGGAAUACAUCCCUCACACAGUGAAAGUGCCUAGACCAGGGUCCAACGGCUGGUUUAACAAAUCGUGUGACGCUGCUCGCCAGCAGAAGAUCAAGGCACACAGAAACUUCUUACAAAACCCCACUGUAGAGAACAGACAAGCCGACGUUGAGUCCAGAAACAAAUAUAAAGAAGCAGUGCGCAAUGCCAAAAACCAGCACGAUAUAACAGUUAGGCCCAGGGUAAUGUCGCAGCGCAAUGGCAGUCGGUCUUUCUGGACGCUGGCCAGACAGAUUGAAAAGAACUUCUCACACAGUAGCCUUCCACUACUUACGUGUCAGGAUGGAACUAUUGCGGAAGUGCUAGCCAAGAUCUUUGCUGCCAACUCCACCAUGGACGUUCCCCCCAACGCCCAAGUGCCAUCAAUUCAAAGGGUUCCCUACACUAUGCGGGAGGUAACAUUCAGGCAUAAGACCGUAAGACGAGUGCUCUUGUCGCUCGACAUCAACAAAGCUUCUGGUCCGGACUUGAUUCCUGCCAUUGUACUGAAGAGGUGUGCAGCGGAGCUUGCUCCAGUUCUUUCGCGUCUCUUCCAGAUAUCUUAUGAAUCCGGCACCUUCCCAGAAAACUGGAAAUUUGCUCAUGGAUCUAAGACCGACCCUUACAACUACAGGCCUAUAGCUCUGCUUUCUGUUUUAAGUAAGGUGAUGGAGAGGUGCAUAAAUCGCGAGCUUCUGGACUAUCUCGAACGUCACAGCUUGAUUAGCGACAGGCAGUAUGGUUUCCGGCACCAACGAACCACAGGGGACCUCAAUCCGUUCGAUCAGCUGUGGCACGCUACCCUCUUAAGCAAACUUCCAUCUUAUGGCCUCCCAGAAAAGCUUUGCAGAUGGGUGGCUGACUUUAUCUCUGGCCACAAGAUAUCCGUCGUAAUUGAUGGGUUCUUCAUCCCAUAA